AGUAACCUAACGUCGGAAACGCGAAAAAGGAAAAACAUGCGCCGCUCAGUCUUUUACAUGGGCCGUAGUUUUACCCGGCGACACCUUAACACAUGCCGAAGCCCCUUGGCAACGGGAUAUAUUCGGCCGACUUGCUUUUCAUUCACCACUAAGGGAUUGGCGUCUUCUCCGUUGCUGACAAGUGUGUUGCUUAGUUCAUGCAACUCUUCGGGUUCUUUGCUGCCGUCAUCUGGUAGUAUGGAGGGUAACCUUAGCCAAAUUCUAGCUACUGUUCUUUCACAACGCUCUCUGUCGUCGAUUGGGUUAAAUGUAAUUUGCAUUCGAAAUAUAGCAAUGUGUAUAGCAUGCGAAAGAGUAUUAUGCGGAGUUGUGAGUCAAUCACUGAUCGUUUGUAAUAACGAAAGUUAA